CCCAGUGGAUUUGUACCUCAAGUGUGAAUUGUAUCUUGUAUCUCUCCGAAUUUCAACGAGUAAGGUUCGCGACUGAAAGUAUCUAAGUAUCUUCGUGCAGAGCACUUCGAAUAUUUGUGAGGACGGUAUUCAACGACGAUCCGACGACGACAACAAAUUGUCUUUUUUCGCGUUCGAAUAGAAAAAAGUGGCAAGAAUUUGUUUAUCAGUGAAAGCGAGUGAGAGUGCAUCGCAUCGGGAAAUCAGUGAAAAGCCAAAGCAAGCACCUGGCGCCUCAGAGUACUCCUGCGACCCAACCAAGUGGAUUAGCCAAAGGAUUCUGACCGGAGCCCCGUAGUUCGGCUCGCUGGAACCCAUCGCCGGAGAAAUUCUUGGCCCCAGACAAACCUCGUACAAGCUGCUGCUGGCGUAGCUGAGAACCCGGACCCGGAAGAAGCCCGAAGAUGCCGGCGGAAAUUAAACCCUCCGCGCCUGCUGAGCCGGAAACGCCGACCAAGAGCAAAUCAUCCAAGCCGAGCGCCCCGUCCUCCUCCAAGGCUGCCACGGCGCGAGUCACCCUGCUGGAUGGCUCCAUUCUGGAUGUGACCAUUGAUCGUAAGGCCAAGGGACGUGACCUGGUCAACUCCAUCUGCGCCGGCCUGAACAUCAUCGAGAAGGACUACUUCGGCCUGACCUAUGAGACCCCCACAGAUCCGCGCACCUGGCUGGAUCUGGAGAAGCCGGUGGCCAAGUUCUUCCGCUCCGAUCCCUGGCCGCUAAACUUUGCGGUCAAGUUCUAUCCCCCGGAACCGUCGCAGCUCCAGGAGGACAUCACCCGCUACCACCUGUGCCUGCAGGUGCGCAACGACAUCCUCGAGGGCCGCCUGCCCUGCACCUUUGUCACCCAUGCCCUGUUGGGCUCUUAUCUGGUGCAGUCCGAGAUGGGCGACUACGACCCCAAGGAGAUGCCCACCCGGGCUUACCUCAAGGACUUCAAGAUAGCCCCCAACCAGACGGCGGAGCUGGAGGACAAGGUCGUGGAUCUGCACAAGACCCACAAGGGCCAGUCCCCCGCCGAGGCUGAGCUGCACUAUCUGGAGAAUGCCAAGAAGCUGGCAAUGUACGGCGUGGACUUGCAUCCGGCCAAGGACUCCGAGGGCGUGGACAUCAUGCUCGGAGUGUGUGCCUCCGGACUGCUGGUCUACCGCGAUAAACUACGCAUCAACCGUUUUGCCUGGCCCAAGAUCCUGAAGAUCUCGUACAAGCGCCACCACUUCUACAUCAAGAUCCGUCCCGGAGAGUUCGAGCAGUACGAAUCCACCAUUGGGUUCAAGCUGGCCAAUCACCGGGCCGCCAAGAAGCUGUGGAAGUCGUGCGUGGAGCACCACACCUUCUUCCGGCUGAUGACUCCGGAGCCGGACACCAAGUCCACUAUGUUCCCGCGCUUCGGGUCCAAGUACCGGUACAAGGGACGCACCCAGUACGAGAGCCGGGCCACGCCGGUGGACCGCACAGCCCCCAAGUUCGACAGAACACUCUCGGGGGCACGCCUGACCUCUAGGAGCAUGGACGCUUUGGCCAUGGCCGAGAAGGAGAAGGUGGCUCGCAAGAGCAGCACCCUGGACCACCGGGGAGACCGCAGUGCCGACGGAGACCUCAGCCGCAGUCCCAUCAAGAACAAGAAGGACAAGUUGAUGCGACAAUCGAGCACCGGCACGGCUUCGGCCUCCUCCUCGCAGAGCUCCCUCGAAGGGGACUACGAGACGAACAUUGAGAUCGAGGCCCUAGAGCCCCUAGAGGCCGUAUCGGCCGUAGAGGCUGUCGAGGCUGGGCUCCCCGUUCAGCCCCCGAAUGCGCUGUACCUUGAUCUGGACGAGGAGAAGGAGGCCAAGCUGCGCGAGAAGAAGCAGAAGGAGAAGGAGGAGAAGGAGCGCAAGGAGCGGGAGAAGCGCGACCUGGAGGAGAAGAAGAAGGCCGAAAAGGCGGCCAAGGCAGCUGCCGCCGCCGCAGCAGCCGCUGCAGGAUCAGGGGUUAAUGGCAAUGAUGAACUGAAUGAUUCCAACAAGUCCGACAAGUCCUCCGGCAGACGCGGCGUUGGCAUAUUCUCGUCGGGCCGCAAGAGCAAGAGCGGCUCCCCAUCCAAGGAUGGCGCCAAGGACAAGUCCGGCAAGGACAAGGACAAGGAAGUGGGUCGACUUGGUCUCGUUGUUACUUCGGGUCUUGGCGACGGUCAGCAGGAUCAGCAGGACAAGGACAAGGAUCAGGCCGCCAAGAACCGGGGCUCCACCACCCCAGGGGUAACCCGGCCCUACGAGUAUGCCGUGGAUGCGGAUGGCAAUGCCAGUCCCACGAGAAAGUCCUAUACCCCGGGCGGCUUCCGCUACGACCAGGAUCCAAACGGGCGCAAGUCUGGCGAAGAUGGCAAGGAGCAGCUGUCCCCCACUUCCCAGCAGAAGAAGAUCGGUCUGGCCUUCAACUACGCCCCUGGCAACGAGAACGCCCUGAAGGAGACCGCCGAGAAGCUCAAGGCCGGCCAGUUGUCGCCUCGCACCCAGGACAAGCUCAACCGCGGCCAGCUGUCGCCCAAGUCGCGGGCCAAGCUCCUGCAGGACCCUCUCCUAUCGCCCACCACCCGGGCCAAGCUCCAGGGCAGUGCUGUGGACGCCGCUGCGGUGCCGCUGAGCGACUCCCAGAAGAGAUCCUACUCGCCCACGAAGGGCCCGCAAGGCUACUCCUCGGGUGCUCCGGGAAGCUACAAGCCGAUCUCAGACCCCACGGCCGACUUCCUGGAGUCCCAGCGGUACAACAAGGAGCCUGGUUAUCAGGGUCCGGCCGGUGCUGGAGCACAUGGAGCUGCGGGUGCUGCAGGAGCUGGCAAGACUGGUCCGGGAGCAGCAGCUGCUGCCGCAGGAGCCGCCGCUGGUGCCGCCGCAGGUGCUGCCGCUGCUGCUGCAGCCGCUGGCAAGCCCAAGAAGAAGCGCGUCAAGAUCAUGGUCAUCACCUCCAAGUUCGAUCCCGCUAACAAGCGCAUUGACGCCGAAAACGGAAGCAUUGAGCACUCCACCGGAAUCCUGGAUCCUGCCACCGGACGCAUCGACACCAAGUACGGAGUGAUCGACCCCAAGAAGGGAACCCUCGAGGCGCUGAACACCAAGACCGGCAAGAAGGAGCUCUACCAGGGCGACGUGGACGGCAAAACGGGCAACCUGCACUUGGUCUCCGGCGUGGCAGAUCCGAAAACAGGACGCCUGGACGACACUCUCGGCCAGAUUAUCUGCAUCACCCCGCAGGAUAACCCUGUGGUGGAGCUGACAGUCAUUACCAGCCGCAUCGAUCCCGCCACGGGCAAGAUCGAUACCGUGAACGGCGAUGUGGAGCGGUCGCUGGGCGUCCUGAACCUGGACACCGGCCUGCUGGACACCAAGUACGGAGAGAUCAACACCCGCACCGGCGAGCUGAAGGCCAUUGACCCCAAGUCCGGCAAGAUUGUGGUCAGCAAGAACGUGAAGGUGGACCCGGGCACCGGCCAGAUCACCAUUCUCGGUGUGGUGGACCCCAAGACCCACAAGCUGGACCCGAACCAGGGUCGCCUCAUCGAGGUGGGCCAGCAAAUCGACCCCAUUGUGGAGGUCACGUCCUUGGCCGGCAAGUUCGACUCUAAGAAGAACAUCGUGGACCCCAAGACGGCCCAAGUGGAGACCUCGGGCGGCCAGUUCGACCCGAAGGCCGGCAAGAUCGACACCAAGUACGGACAGAUCGAUCUGGUCAAGCACACGAUCACCUUCAACGACCCCAAGUCGGGCAAGACCGUGACCCGGGACAUCAAGAUCGAGCCCGCCACGGGACAGAUCGUGCUGAAGAACCAGGUGAACCCGAAGAACAACAAGCCGGACAAGGACUACGCCAGGAUCAUUUCGCUGAGGAUCGUGCAGCAGCGCGUGGACCCUGCCACCAAGGCGCCGAUCGCCCAGGUGAGCGCCGCCAAGGACAAGGACAUCGUGGUCGACCCGAAGUCGAACCAGAUUUGGGUGCCCACCGGCGCCACCGACCCGGCCACCAAAGAGCAGCAGUACAUCUCGAGCAGCGUGGACCCGAAGACGGGCUACGUGAUCACCAUCUACGGCUACCUGGACCCCAAGACCAACGAGAUCAAGAAACAGACCAAGCUGGACCCCAACACGACCAAGAUCGAGCCCACUUCCGGCAAGAUCUACACUGCCACCGGCGAGUCGGAUCCGGCCACCGGGGAGCCCCUGUUCGCGGCCACCCAGGUGGACCCGGAGUCCGGAGAGGUGUACACCAAACUGGCCCGCGUCGACCCCAAGACGGGCAAGAUCGUGAUCGUGCGCAUCCUGCUCAUCUCGAAGACGGACGAGCGUGGCCGUCCGGAGGAGAUCGAUCCCUCCACGUGCGAGAUCGAUCCCGUCUCCGGCCGGGUGCUUAAGUUCUUCAAUAAGACCGUUUACGUAUACAACAUGAUUGACCCCGUGACCGGUGAAAUUGUGCAGGUGGACCCCAACGACCCGAGAUUUGCCGGAGCCCGCACCACGGUCACCCACACGAUGACCCUCACUGGCGAGAUCGACCCCGUGACCGGCAGGAUAAAGAGCGAGUACGGCGACAUCGACCCAACCACCGGCGACAUUGACCCCGCGACGGCUGUGACGGAUCCGGUGACCGGCAAGCUGAUCCUCAACUACGCCCAGAUCGACCCCUCGCACUUCGGCAAGCAGUCCCAGGUGCAGACCACCACGGAAACGGUGCCCAUCACCCAGCAGCAGUUCUUCGACGGCGUCAAGCACAUCGGCAAGGGUGCCCUGCGACGCGAUUCGGAGGAGGGCGACUCUGAGGACGAAAUGACUGGACAGUACAGCAGCGACCAGGUCAAGGACAUCGUCCUGGGCAGUCCGGCGGGCUCGAAGCUGGGCAAGAACGUGAGCACGCCCACUGUGGUGAAGACCACCACCAAACAGGUGCUGACCAAGAACAACGACGGCGUGACCCACAACGUGGAGGAGGAGGUGCGCAACCUGGGCACCGGCGAGGUCACCUACUCCACGCAGGAACACAAGGCUGAUGCUACACCCACCGACCUCAGUGGCGCCUACGUCACGGCCACCGCAGUCACCACCCGCACCGCCACCACGCACGAGGAUCUGGGCAAGAAUGCCAAGACCGAGCAGCUGGAGGAGAAGACAGUGGCCACCACCCGCACCCACGACCCCACCAAGCAGCAGCAGCGCGUCGUCACCCAGGAGGUGAAGACGACAGCGACCGUGACCAGUGGGGACCAGUAUCAGAGAAGGGACAGCGUGUCCUCGACCAGUUCCGGGGACUCGGGCACGCCCAUCGACGGACCCUACGACGGUGCCGCCAGUGUGGUGCGCACGGACAAUCAGAAAUCUCCGCUCUACACGACCUCCGCCGGCACCACCACCACUGGACCCCACGUGGAGAGCACCCGCGUGGUGCUGGGUGAGGACACCCCUGGUUACUCCGGACACGGCGAAAUCAUCUCCACCCAAACCGUGAGCAGCAAAACCCGCACUGUGGAAACCAUUACCUACAAAACCGAACGCGAUGGCAUUGUGGAAACCCGUGUGGAGCAGAAGAUAACCAUCCAGUCCGACGGAGACCCGAUCGAUCAUGACAAGGCUCUGGCCGAGGCAAUACAAGAAGCGACAGCCAUGAACCCGGACAUGACGGUCGAAAAGAUUGAAAUUCAGCAGCAAACACAGUAGAUUUAACGCAAUUAUUUGUAUUACUUUUGAGGAUUUUCUAAGUAAACCAGCACACACACACCCUACACCCUACACCCUAAACACCACACUCCACACCCACAUACGACAUCAUACGCAGCACUUGGAGUACACCUUUUAUACAAGCUAUACCUAACUAUACCGAAUAUGUAAUAGCUACGAGCUGAGGCCCUCAUGACAUACCCCGUAAGAGAUCAGAUUAUUCCCAGAUAUCCAGGAUACCGAGCUACCCGUCUACGAAUCAAAUGAAAAUGAAUACGCAUCCACAUGUUUAUUAUUUGUAUUUUUAUUACAACUGUUGUUUAUAAUUACUUUAUUACGUCUAUUAUAUAUUGAAUGUGCAAAGCGAUGUUGAAUUGAAACUCUAUAUAUUGUAAACCACGAUUGCAUUCAAGAAUUACAAGAAUAAACCUAAAUGUACACACGAAA